CCUAGCGAAGUCUUUUAAUUGAUUUCAUUGGGCUUUGAAUCAGAUCAUGAGGGGUUAACGCAGUGCCAUAUCACAAGGGAGAAGUGGUUUUGAGAGGGGUCUCAUGACUCCUGCAUCUAGAGAGAACUGGAAGUAUGAAGGAGUUGAUCCAGUUGGUCUCUCAGAGAGGGUGGAGCUUGCACUGUGCUUUUGAAUCCUGGCAGCUGGUUUGGAAUGACUUUCCCAUCUUGGAGGAGGUUGCCUGUCAUUGCAGUGCGGCACUGUUAGCUGCUGCUCCUGUAAGAGAAGAAAAGGAAUAGACAGUCCUGAAUCAAAGGGUUUGUUCGCACGAGAAUCUUAGAAUCCACACAUGGACCAAAAUUUGCCCUUUCAAUCUUUGAAAAGAUGCAAGCGCAGGAAAUCUUGAGGAGCCUGCGGCUGCCCGAGUUUGACGACUUCAGCCAGUUUUUCCACAGCUUGCCAGCUACCACCUUAGUUGGCAUUGGUGCCUUUGCAGCUGUGAUCACUUACUGGUUUGCUAGCCGGCCAAAGGCUUUGAAGCCACCAUGUGACCUCUUGAUGCAGUCAAAAGAAGUUGCGGGCGGGGAAGGAGCUCGACAGUCCGUGAUAGGUGACAGCCCAGAAUUAUUAUCUAACUACUAUGAUGAUGUAAGGACAAUGUAUGAAGUAUUUAGAAGGGGAUUUAACAUAUCUGAGAAUGGCCCCUGUCUAGGAUUCAGAAAGCCCAAGCAGCCUUACCAAUGGUUGUCGUAUAAAGAGGUCUUUGAAAGAGCAGAAGCUUUAGGAUCAGGGUUACUCCAACAGGGAUGUAAACCAUCAACAAGUCAGUUUAUUGGGGUCUUUGCACAAAAUCGUCCAGAGUGGAUCAUUUCUGAGCUGGCUUGUUAUACCUAUUCUAUGGUGGUGAUCCCCCUGUAUGACACAUUAGGCCAUGGAGCCAUUCGUUACAUUAUCAACACAGCUGAUAUUUCCACAGUAAUCUGUGACAAACCAGAAAAAGCCAGAAUCCUCCUGGAUCAUGUGGAGAAAAGAGAAAUGCCAAGCUUAAAGUCUAUUAUUCUGAUGGACCCUUUUGAGAAGGACCUAAAGGAAAGAGGGCAAAGAUGUGAUGUUCAUGUCCAAUCCAUGCAGGAAGUAGAGGCUUGUGGCCAUGAGAGUCGGCAUGUCCCUGUGCUUCCUCAACCAGAAGAUCUGUCACUUGUCUGUUUUACUAGUGGCACUACAGGGAACCCCAAAGGUGCUAUGCUGACUCACAGGAAUAUGAUUGCUGAUUUGUCAGGCUUUCUGAAAGUGACAGAGAGUCAGUGGACUCCUACUUGUGAGGAUGUAUACAUUUCCUAUUUGCCUUUAGCACACAUAUUUGAGCAAGUGGUACAGUCUAUCGUAUAUUGCCAUGGGGGGCGAAUUGGAUUCUUUCAAGGAGAUAUCCGUCUCUUAUCGGAUGAUAUGAAAGCAUUGCGUCCAACCAUUUUCCCUGUUGUACCUCGAUUAUUAAAUAGAUUGUAUGAUAAGAUCUUUAGCCAAGCAGAUACUCCAUUGAAACGUUGGCUUCUUGAAUUUGCUGCAGAACGUAAAAACGCUGAAGUUCAAAGUGGAAUCAUUAGAAAUGACAGUUUAUGGGAUAAACUAUUUUUUAAUAAAAUCCAGGCAAGCAUUGGUGGGUGUGUUAGGAUGAUUAUAACGGGAGCUGCCCCUGCUUCUCCAGCUGUCCUGGGGUUCCUUCGGGCAGCACUUGGAUGUCAGGUUUAUGAAGGUUACGGUCAAACAGAGUGCACAGCAGGAUGUACCUUUACCACUCCAGGUGACUGGACUUCAGGUCACGUAGGAGCUCCUUUGCCCUGCAAUUUAAUCAAACUGAUGGAUGUGGAAGAGAUGAAUUAUUUUGCUUUGAAAGGAGAAGGAGAGAUAUGUGUGAAAGGACCCAAUGUUUUCAAAGGUUAUCUAAAAGAUGGCGAGAAGACAGCUGAAGCGCUGGAUAAAGAAGGCUGGCUUCAUACUGGAGACAUUGGGAAAUGGUUACCGACUGGGACACUUAAAAUUAUUGAUCGGAAAAAGCAUAUAUUUAAACUUGCUCAGGGAGAAUAUAUUGCACCUGAAAAGAUUGAGAAUAUCUACAUCAGCAGUGAGCCUGUUGCCCAGAUAUAUGUGCAUGGAGACAGCUUACAGGCCUUCUUGGUGGGAAUUGUUGUACCUGAUUCUGAAGUCAUGCCAGGCUGGGCAAGGAAAAGAGGGUUUGAGGGAACAUAUGCAGAGCUCUGUAAAAAUACGGAGCUGACACAAGCAAUAAUGGAAGAUAUGGUGCGGCUAGGGAAGGAGGGUGGACUUCAUUCUUUUGAGCAGGUCAAAGCCAUUUACAUCCACUCUGAUAUAUUCUCAAUACAAAAUGGCUUGCUGACACCAACUCUAAAGGCUAGGAGACGAGAACUAAGAGAUUACUUCAAAAAACAAAUAGAAGAGCUUUAUUCAAGUGUCUCCAUAUGAAGCGGCAGGAAAAUUCUUCUGAAUAAUGUACUUCGUAGUAAUAUUAAAGUACAUACUCAAAAGUACAGAGCCAGAAUGACACAGUUGAAAUGAAUAAGCAUCUGACCUUGUGUCUGAACCUUUUGUUGUUCCAAGACCUCACCACUGAUAUAACAGUAAAUUUCCUUUUUUAUCAGCUGUAGUACCUUAUCUUUUUACAGUAUGUACGCUAUAGGAGACUACUGAAAACUACGCUAUAUAUCCGUAUAAAGAUACAUAAAGUCCAGCACAUCUUAAAGUAUACCAUGGAAGGUUAUAUUAUUAUUAAUGUCCCCAAACAGUAUUGAUUACACAUCAGGAAAAAGGUAUGUGAUAUAUCUGUUGAUAUGAUUGUAUAUAACAUUAUAGAUUAGUGACUAAAAUCCUGGAUAAUUCAAUAAUGUGGUCUACCUCAAACAUUCAAAGGCUGGUAAUUAAAAUCACAACUAAGUCUGUUUUCCCUAACUUAGAACUUCAAGUUAGAUCUUUGGUCGUUUUGUUUUGUUUUGUUUUAAGUGACAGCUUUUAUAUUCUGCAAGACAUAAAUUCCAUUGACUUUAUGUAAUCAUCAAAGACCUGACUAACAGAGAACAAGGAAUAAAUUUCCUGAUUUCAUUUGUAUGUAAUAUGCCCAUCAGCAUAUUAGGCCUAAUGGAAAAAGCCAGAUUAACACCACUUUAUAAUUGCAAAAAUAUUUUAGGAAGUUAUACAAUUCCCUGUAUUUCUUUUUUCAAUGCAUCUGAACUCAGUUUAUAGCAUGGCAGAUAGAUCUUCCCUGAGAUACUGACUCAGCACAGUUUGCCCAUGGGUUCACAAAUGCACAAGCUGGGAAGAAUGUGGAAGCAUUGGUGGCUCUGUAGCAGAUUGAUCUAUUCAUAAGGAUCAGCUUUCUCUGGGAACUACAAAAUAAAAAGCUUCACAAAAGGAGGAGAACUAGUGUAAAAGAGCCCUCACCAUGCUAUACACACCUGAUUCUUAAUGUAUUCCUUCACAUGCUGCUAGUGCUGUGCAGUCCAGCCAGAUUAACUCCCUGGCACAGCUGCAGGUAGCGGAAUGGAGCUCUGGCCCAAUGUAUGAACUAUAAUUAUGGACAGCGUUCAGUAAAACAAAUUUACUUGCUAAAAAUGGCGGCAUCAUAUCCCCAUUGCUGUAGCACAAUGGUGAAGGGCCUCCCUUAUGUUGCUGGAGUGUUACUCCUGAGUGCCCAUGUUGCUGAGGGGGAAGCUUCCUUGACGGUUUUCCUUCCCACCACCAUGGUGAGGUGGCAUGGUGGGAGGUAAGGUUACCACCUGGCUGGUAUUUGACCGGCCUGGCCAGUUUUUUUUAUGGAUUUCCCAGAAAAAUACUUUAGUCUGCCAGGUUGUUUUUUAAUGUAGGCCUAAGGAUUUGCAUAAUUAUCAUAAUACACUUGGAUAUCUUAUGUCAAAAGUCGGUGUCCAGCUAAAGAUGCUGCGGUGUUCCCACUUCUGCAGUUUAAGCGAUAACCACUCAAAAGUGUUUGAAAAUACAGUAGUUGUCUGCCCACCAACAUGCAAGCGCAGCACGCAUGUGUGUGAGAGAGGGUUUGAGUCAUGCGAGAGUGAUAGUAUCAUGUGUUAUCUUUAGGGUGACCAUAUUUCCCAAGGGAAAAUGGGACACCCCCAGCUGCUCACUCAAGCUGCCGCCCCUCCUGGCAUGAAGCCGAUGCCGGUCACUGGAACCCUGCCACUCCCCCCUUUCCUCCCCAUGCAAGGCUGUUGCUCGUCACCUGAACCCUGCCCCCUCCACAAGGUUGUUGCCCAUUCGCUGGAACCCUCCCGGAUCCCUGCAUGCUGGAACACUUCCUUCCCCCUCCCCAACUCUACCUCCCCCUUGCACGGGGCUGGCAUCUUUACUUGCCUCCCCCUGCAUGGUCCUCCACAUCACAUUCCACUUUUUUGCAAAAGUGGGCAUUUGUCCUGAUUGCUCUUGCCAACUGAUCAAGUUGGCAAGAACAAAUGGGAAAAUGCCCACUUUUG